GGUAAGGUUUAUGUCGUUUAUGUCGAGGGCGUUGGUUGUGGCUGAAGUUAUUAUAUUUUCGUGUUUAGUGUGAUGGCGACAUGUGGAAUACAAGUUUGUAAUCCGACUAUAUUAAGUAAAAUUGAGAGUUUUCUCAGUGAUCCUUCAUACCGAGAAGCAAUAGAAAAUUCUGCCAAUUAUAACACAAGAUUAUGUAUCGAGAGAAGGCUUCGAAUGCCAUUCUUGGACUCUCAAACAGGUGUGGCACAGAAUCACUCCAACUUAUUCAUGAGUCCACGUCAGCGUAUCCCAGGCCUGACGGAAGGUCAGAUUUAUACAUAUCCAUCAAAGCGAUGGCGCAAAAAGCGGCGCCAAUAUCUCAUGAACUUCAUGCAACCAAGACGCAAGGAACUGGACCCAGAGAGUGAUAUGCAUACAAUCAGUACAGUUGAAAACCCUGCAGCCAGCAAUGAAGAUAGUAAGGACAGUGCAGGUCUCAAAGAUGAGGUUGCUAAGGAUGCAUGGUAUUAUGAUGAACUAGAUAUGCAAGAAAUGGAAGGAUUUGAUGAUCCUGAUCCAGAUUCAGAUUAUGAUUACGAGGAAUCAUACAGUAAGCGAAAGGGCAAGAAGCGUACAUCAAAAGUAGCCAGAAAUACUGAUUCUCCUGCUGCUAAGAAACCCAAGGGGCCUGGACGAGGGCGCAAGAAAACCAAUUAUGAUGCAUUGACUGAUGCAGAGAAGCCUUUCUCCUGUGAACUGUGUGGAGCUCGCUACAAGACUCGUCCGGGACUCACCUACCACUACACUCAUUCACACAAGGACCGUGAUGAUGAGGAUUGUAGCAGCAGUGGCAUGGGAGGCCCCGAGGGGGGUUCGAUGGGGUCAGUAGACCGUGGGGCCUCCCCCAGCAUGAAGCAGCAGCAGCAGCAACAACAGCAGCAACAGCAACUUGUGCAGCAGGCACCAGUGGUGGCAUCACAAUCACAGGCCACCGCAGAUCCAGGAGCAGCGGCAGGUUGGAGCAAGUUCCAGGACAGUUACCUCACCUUCCUAAAGACCCCCGGUGGCAGCACUCGUCGUGGACGGCAAAGCUCCUCUGCAUCUCAGCAUGCUGCAAGCUCAGUGUCCAUACCUCCUGUUGCUGUAGCCCAAAGUUCAGAAGAAAUACCACCACCUAGCACCACCACCCCUAGCUUGGAAAAGAAACCUGAGGUGCUGCCGCCUAUGCCUGGUAGUGAGGAAAAGGAACGAGCUGCCCCAUCACCAUACUGUGAUUUCUGUCUUGGUGAUUCCCAAGAGAAUAAGAAGACAGGGCAGUCCGAGGAACUGGUGUCUUGCUCAGAUUGUGGACGCUCAGGACACCCAACUUGUCUACAGUUUACGCCCAACAUGAUCAUCUCGGUACGUAAGUACCGAUGGCAGUGCAUUGAGUGCAAGUGUUGCUCCAUCUGUGGCACAUCAGAUAAUGAUGAUCAGUUGCUCUUUUGCGACGACUGUGACCGUGGCUACCACAUGUACUGCCUGGCUCCACCACUCUCCUCUCCUCCAGAGGGCUCUUGGAGCUGUCGACUUUGUCUCGUGGAGUUCCACAAGAAGUAAGAGAAGAUAAAGAGUGUUAGGCUGCUACCAUGACAUGCAGUUCUUCAAGACAUUGGCCUCACUGCUGCAUUCAUUGGUGAUAAUGUACUUAAAAUGGCAUGGCUUAUAUAUGUGGAAUUGACAACACAAAAAAUGCACUUAAACAAUGGCAUAGCUAUGUUCUAAAUCGCAUUUCCAGUAUAUAUAGCCGCAGUGUACUCUCAGAUGUCUAGGCUAAGGAUAAGGGAUGACGGACAGAUAAUCAGAUCCAGGAAGUCCAAAAUCAUUUUAUUUUUAACUCUCGCAUGUUGCAUAGUGAAGUACAUGUGCUGAUGCCACAAUCAUAAUUUUAAUGAUGAUAAUUGUAAAUACAGUAUUUUGUGGCUAGUGCUAAUCUUCAUUAGAAUAGACCACCAGAGAAAUACAGACACUCGGAAAGACUGAAAGUUACAUAUAUUUUACAGAAACACAAGAAUACCAGAUAAAUUGGAAAAAAAAAAUCGUUUUGAAAGAGACUGCUUUUUACAAUUGGCUUUCUUCUCUCAGUCAAAUCUUAGGAUGACUAAUGUGAGAAUGGAAAGACCACAACCAUGUGGGAUUCAGCGGAUGAAGCUUUAAUGACUUAAGACCACAAAGUUGAAGAUGAAUGCAGUAGUAUGACAACGGGGCACGUGGUAGCUUGAUUGAGGUACUGCUAUAAGCCAGAAGGUUGCAGGAUCAAAUCCUGAUGAGGUGGA